AUGAAACUCUCCAAAAUUUUAUAUUUCUUCGCAGCCCUCUUAGCUCUCAACUUUAUUGCCCCAAGAGAUUACAAUACUAUGGUAGAAGCAAAGGCAGGAAAAAAAUUAACACCAGCAGAAAUUAAAAAAAGAAACCAAAAAAUAAUGUUAUACAGUUCUAUAGCCUCAGCAGUUGCUUUACUUAUUGGGGGUGCAGUUGGUUUAGGUAUUCAUUUAAAUAAAAAUAAAGGAGAAAAAAAAAAAGGUACUCCAGCAGCAAAAAAAACUGAAAACAAAUCAGUAAACCCAUCAAUAUCCAGUACCAUGUACAGAGCUUAA